AUGGCUGACCAUGACAAAGAUUAUAUACCAAUGCUGUCAGACACACAUCCAAAGUCAGUGGAUGAAAAUGCAGAUUCUCGAUUUCGGCCAUUUCUUUCCAGGACUCAGAGUGCAUCAAUUUCUAUUCCUGUGGAUUCCACAGAGUCCUAUGGUUCUGAAACCAACCUUGUUGGCUUUACUGGUCCACUGCGUAGUGACAGAAAAGCUCCACUGGUACAGAUGAGUGGUCCAUUAUAUAUCAACCGUAACACUGAAAACCUGUUUCUGGUAAAUCAUGGUGUAACAGCUCGGAAAAAGGUGGAACCCAAGCCAGAAAGAUAUCCAUCUUGCAAUGGAAUGGAUCAGAAUGACUGGGAUGACAAGUACACUGCUACAAAUGCCCAUUUAAUGAGGUCUGGGCAAUUAGGGAUGUGCAAUGAUCCUUACUGCACAACAUGUCCAUCUUAUUACCAUCCAAGAGCUUCACAGCAAAGACAUGCAAAAACUUCUAGUAUAUUUGAUUCCAAGGCUGUUCCUGUUGGUGAUAAUAGAGCGGCAGCGGUGGAAUGGGAUUAUGAUUAUUGUUUUGAUGCUUUCAUGGAGGAAAAGUUUCAUAGUGUUCUCUAUGGAGAUGCUAAAGGUUGGGCAAGGAGAUUCAAUAAUGCUAUAAACUCAUGUAUUCCUGGAGUUAUGAAUCCUCAUGCUAAAGUUGUUCAGAAUAUUCAGAUUCCAUAUGUUAGGGUUUUUGAUUUGCUGUGUUCUAAUCAUGGAUAUUCUGUUGCUGAGAGGGUCCAGGAUGAGGAAAACAAGUGCAUUGUUAUUGAUUGGGCAAUGACUAAAGCAGUUGUGGUUUUUAGGUGCUUGACUGAUGCCAUUUACUUACUGAACAUGCUUCUUCAGGUGAAGGAAGCCCGUAUGGGCUUAUACAACGACCGAAUGAUGAAAAAGCUCCUAAUGAAAACUGACGAGCUUUUUAGGUUAGCUUAUGUAGCUCCCGAAUCUAGAGUGGUUGGUGCUGGAGAGUUAGUUGACCAUCCAAAGAAAAUUGCUAAGCACUAUCUACGAGGAUGGUUUUUAAUUGACUUAUUCGUGAUCAUUGUAUUAUUACUCCUACCAAAAGGAUUGGAUUCCUCUGGAGCAAACUAUGCCAAGAAUCUUUUACGGGCAGUUAUUCUUGUUCAGUACAUUCCAAGGUUGUUUAGGUUUAUUCCUCUUCUCAUUGGCCAGUCUCCAAAUGGCUUCAUAUUUGAGACCGCUUUGGCAAACUUCUUCAUAAAUCUUUUCACCUUUGUGUUGUCUGGCCAUAUCAUUGGGUCGUGUUGGUAUCUCUUUGGGUUGCAGAGGGUUAAUGAAUGUCUUCGUAAUGCCUGCCGUGAUUCUGCUUAUCAAAAUGACUGCAAGAAGUUUAUAGAUUGUGGAUACGGGGAUGCUGUUGCUGUUAAAGAACAUGGCUCCAAUCCGAACUGGUAUAGCUGGAAAGAAAAUGAUAAUGCCAGUGCUUGUUUUACAUUGGAUGGUUUUUCUUAUGGAAUCUAUAUCCAAGCAGUCAAUCUCACCAGGGAAAGUACCAUCACCAGAUACACAUAUUCAUUAUUUUGGGGAUUCCAGAACUUUCUUCAGGCUCUUGGUAGGAGGAGGUCAGAAAUGUCACUAAGGAGACGUGAUGUUGAGCAGUGGAUGAAACAUCGGCGCUUGCCACAAGAACUAAGAAGUGUAAUAUUCUUUCCUUACGACUUGCCUGUUGCUAUUGUCUUUUACUAUUUCUAUGCAUUUCUAUCGAUAAUAUUCCCCUUUGUUGUGGCGCAUUUGAGAGUGCUAGAAGCUGAACGGUAUCAUUGGGCUGCUACUAGAGGUGUGAAUGAAGAAAUGCUUUUGGAGAAUUUGCCUGAAGACCUCCAGAGGGAUAUAAGAAGACACUUCUACAAAUUUGUCAAGAAGGUAUGGAUUUUUAACCUAAUGGAUGAUCAUGUCCUAGAUGCUGUUUGUGAGAAACUAAAACAGAAAAUAUACAUAAAAGGAAGUGAAAUUUUUUAUGUUGGUGGUCUGGUUGAGAAGAUGGUUUUUAUUGUGCGUGGAAAAUUGGAAAGCAUCGGACAUGAUGGAACUGUGGUAACCUUGUGUGAAGGGAAUGUUUGUGGUGAGGAACUUCUCACAUGGUUUCUUGAGCAUAGUUCGGUGUACAGAGGUGCAGAUGGAAGGAAAAUCAAAAUUUCUGGACAACGCUUGAUUAGUAGCAGGACAGUAAGAUGCUUAAAAAAUGUAGAAGCAUUUUCACUCAGUGCAGCAGACCUUGAAGAAGUCACCAGCCUUUUUGCAAGAAACUUGCGGAAUCCACUUGUCCAAGGAGCCAUAAGGUAUCAAUCUCCCUACUGGAGAGCCCUUGCUGCUACCCGCAUUCAAGUUGCCUGGAGAUAUAGGCAGAAGCGUCUAAAGCAAAGCAAGAGUUCUCAAUCAAAUCAUUCUUCAUACUCGCGGAUUUAG